CUCCCCCUCGAGCAAACCGCAGCACGGACUCAUUUCUCCACGCACCAGCUCUGAGUGGAUGCUCACUCAGCAGGGGUGUUUUGAGAUAUUAGCGCGCGCGUGUGUCUGUAGGGGGGAGAGAGUUUGCAUGGUGGCGGGGGGGAGCGGCUCGCCCACCUGCACCGUCCCCGUUCAAAGAGGUUCCAGUCAGGAGAAUGGGCAAAUCGGAAAGCCAAAUGGACAUCAUGGAAAAAUCGAGUAAACCUGGCAAACGUGGAUGGACGGUGGUCGAAAUCGGUCUGUGUGUGCUCCUGCUUGUGGUCAGCUGCGCCCUGGGUGGCCUCGUGGUCCUCUAUACAUCUGCCCUGAAAGAACAAUUCCAGCGUGCGACCGUGCCUCUGAAAUCAGCCGACAAGGGAGGUCAACUAUUUCGCUCCAACCUGGAAAACGUGUGCACUACCGCAGACUGUGUCACAGCAGCGUCUCGACUCAUUCAGAACAUGGACGCGUCGGUGGAGCCCUGUGAUAACUUUUAUCAGUAUGCCUGCGGGGGCUGGCUGGAGCGGCACGUCAUCCCUGAGACUAGCUCACGUCAUAGCGUCUUUGACCUCCUCAGGGACAAACUGGAGGUUGUGCUCAAAGGGGCUCUCGAAACAGAGAGCGAAGAUGACAGAGAUGCCAUCAAAAAGGCCAAAAUUCUUUACAGCUCCUGCUUGAAUGAACACGUCAUUGAACAGCGUGAUUCGAAGCCACUGAUGAGGCUCAUCAACGUUAUCGGCGACUGGCCUGUGGCUUCUGAUGAUUGGAACGCCACCUCUGAAUGGAGCCUCGAGGACAUUCUUGUUACGAUGACUGCUCGCUUUCACAAGAAGGUUCUUGUGGAUAUGUACGUGUGGACCGACGACAGAGAUUCUCAGCGACAUAUCCUUUACAUUGAUCAACCAGGACUUGGGAUGCCAUCUAGAGAUUAUUAUUUUAAUGAUGGAAACUACAAAAAGGUUCGAGAGGCCUACCUCCACUUCAUGGUCACCAUUGCCAAGAUGACUCGGGAGGACAGGAACCUGACACAGGAUGAUGAGCGUGUGUGGGAGGAAAUGUUGCAAGUGAUGGAGCUGGAGACAGACAUCGCUAAUGCGACAUUGCCGGCUGAGGAGCGCCAGGACGUUACCGCCCUUUACAACAAGAUGACACUGAAUGAGCUGCAGAACACAUUCAGCUUGAACGGUUUUAAUUGGACACGGUUUAUUCGAGGUGUCCUCGCCACUGUGUCCCUCAAUGUAGAGCUUGAAGAGGAAGUGGUUGUGUAUGGCUUACCCUACCUGGAAAAGAUGAACGAAGUCCUCUCCAAACACAGUGUUCGGACCAUGCAGAAUUAUCUCACCUGGCAGCUGAUCAUCAACCAAGUUAAAACCUUGAGUCGUCGUUUCAAAGAUGCCAGGGCCCGUUACAGGAAGGCUCUGUUUGGGACCACACUGGAAGAUGCCUGGUGGCGAGAGUGUGUCCGUUACGUCCAGACCACCAUGGAGAAUGCUGUUGGAGCGCUCUAUGUACGUGCGACUUUUGCCGGAGAAAGCAAAAAAAUGGUUAGCGAUCUUAUUGGGAAGAUCCAGACUGCGUAUGUAGAAACACUUGAGGAACUAAGCUGGAUGGAUACGCCCUCCAAGGAAAAGGCCAGAGAGAAGGCCUUGGCCAUCAAAGAGCAUAUUGGCUAUCCAGAUCACAUUCUGGAGAAGAGUAACCAAAAGCUAGACCAAGAGUAUGCUCAUUUGAAUUUUACUAAGGAGCACUACUUUGAGAACAUCCUGGAGAAUCUCAAGUCCGAGUCCCACAAGAGUCUGAAGAGGCUUAGGGAGCCGGUGGACCCCAACAUGUGGAUCAUCGGUCCUGCCGUGGUUAAUGCGUUUUACUCUUCAAACAGAAACCAGAUCGUGUUUCCAGCUGGCAUCCUGCAGCCACCAUUCUUUAGUGAACAUCAACAGCAAGCUCUGAACUUUGGUGGAAUCGGAAUGGUCAUCGGCCAUGAGAUCACCCAUGGAUUUGAUGACAAUGGGAGAAAUUUCGACAAGGAUGGCAACAUGCUGAACUGGUGGAGCAAUUAUUCUGCGGAGCAUUUCAAGGAGCAGUCACAGUGCAUGGUGCAACAGUAUAGCAAAUUCAGCUGGAAACUCGCGGGUGGUCAAAAUGUGAGCGGAAUUGGCACUUUAGGGGAAAACAUUGCAGACAAUGGAGGAGUUCGCCAAGCCUACAAGGCUUACUUAAAGUGGGUGGAGACAAACGGGGAAGAGCCUCGUCUGCCCGGUCUAGACUUGGAUCACAAACAGCUGUUUUUUCUUAAUUUUGCCCAAGUUUGGUGCGGUGCUUAUCGGCCAGAAUUUGCCAGCCAGACCAUUAAAACAGAUUCCCACAGCCCAUUACAAUACAGGGUUCUUGGUUCGCUCCAGAAUUUUGAAGCUUUUUCAGAAGCAUUCCAGUGCCAAAAAGGCAGUCCGAUGAAUCCAGAGCAGAAGUGCCGCGUGUGGUAGAAUGUUUGUCAUCAUUCCUGUUAUGGCAGUUGAUGGUGGCACUGUCUUGAUGCUGACUGUCUGCAAGAGGCUCAUUUCAUUGUAUUUGGGGUGACAGCAAUUAUUGCAGUCACUGUUGUCGUAUUUGCAACCAGUGACAUUACAGAUCGUUUCAUGGCUUGAAUGCAAACUCUCGUGAAUUCCCAAGGCAACGCUAACAUUUUGCGUAAAACCUUUUCUUCUGAGAAUGUUCCAUGCAAAUCUCUAGAGCAGAUCUUUAUGAUGUUUUCAUUCGACCGACAUGAAGUGCUUACAGCAUUAAUGAAAACAUCAGCAGCUACAACAGAAUUAGUUCCGCUCGAUGAGUUUGCCUAUUGACUGUUAAGUGCAGCAAAUUACCUGACAGACUUAAGACUUCAGUCUCUGCAGUUUGAAUCUUAAAUUAACAUUCUGGGUAAGCUUCAGCUUUUAACAAUAACUUGGGAAAAAAAAAAUCAAACAAGGAUUUUCAGAAGCUUUCGCUGAGUGUCUCAAACUACAGGCAUCCACACUACUUUUAGUUUCAUAAACAAUUUAAGUGGCUUAUUCAAAACAUAAAACCACUUUGAAGAACCUGGUACACAAUUUAUUUAAAAUUUAAUUGCUGGAUUGAGGGGGAAAAAAACUGUUCAAAUGAUUAAAAUGUCACCUGAUGAAACAUUUUUAUACAAAAGAUGUAACAGUUUCAUGUUUCAGGAGAAUGUGUUUUUUGGUAAAAUUUUCAGUCAUCCAAUUGUGGCGAAUAACCUUUCAAAUUGCGAAAAAGGAGAAACUAAUUUUAGCAAAGAUGAAAAAAGUGCCCAGCCCUAAAAAAAGACCAACAUUUUUGCGAUAGCUAUUGUGAGUAAGGUUUCUGAAUCUAGAUUUCCUUUUCAGUUUGAGUGUUGUCAUUAACCUUUUUCUCAUUGGCUCUGCUUUGUCUGUUUACUGACAAAUAAAAAAACAAAAAAUGUAGUAUUUACCUACUUUGGAACUUUUAGCUAUUGUGAAUACCAUUUUUGACUACAGAUUCCUUUACAUUUGAGCAUUUAUUAAUGUUUUCUAAUUUGCUUAUAAAUGUGAACAAAACCAUACUAAAUAAAAAUCUAAAUUUAUACAUAAAUACAUACAAAAUGAAAAGUUCAAUGAUUUGAGUUUGGUACCAUUUUCGGUUAAGGAUUUCUUUCUGGAUAACUUUUACUUUUGGGGUGUUUUUGUCAAAUUUCCUUCAUCUGUAUGUCUGCUCUUUUUUUUUUUUUAAUGGCAAUUGUGAGAGCUUGUAGGUAGUGAUUUUCAAUUACCUUUAGCAUCUUCUCUCUACUUUCACAACUGCAUGUGACAUUUAGGGGAUUAAACAAGAUUACAUUCGUCAAAUUAGCACAAUAACAUAGGCCAACAUAUACACAUACAUGAGUUAAUUCUGGAUUUUCAGCCUUUUGGACAAAAGCAAUUACACGCAAACAGUGGACUGAUCAGGCAACAGCAAGUAAAUGUAGCUCACAUUUAUUUAGUAGAGAUGAAAGGAUGCUGAGGCUUUGUGACAGCCAAUGUGAACGCAAACGAAUGAGGCUGGGACUGUUAUUUUCUAUCUUUAUUACCACAUAAUGGCUCAAAAAUCAAAGCGGAGCACAGGGAAAAGGGGAGUUGAGUGUACAAUACAUAGGGGUGAUUAGUGUUCCUUUGUGCCGCUGAGAGCUUUAAAAAAGAAAAAAAAAUGAAAAAAAGAGAGACAUUCAGGAUGCCUUGUGACUGUUUAGUCUGAAUGUUCUAUAUUCUGCAAUAUAAGUAGUAGACAUACAUGUGUGUUACUGUCUUAGUUUGAUGUUCUAUACAUAAUUAUUUCCAUACAGAUACAUCAGGUUACAUCCACAUGGUGAAACUGAGUCAUUACCAGCCAAUUACUUUUUUGGUAUACAUAUGAUACAUAUGUAUAUGUAUGUAAACAUGUGAGAGGAAUUUAUUUAUCUAUUUAUGAGGUUGCAUAGUUGCUUGGCCAAAUUUUAAAUAUACAAUGAAAUAAUGUCUUAUGAAUGUUACUGUGUUAAUUGGAUUUCUACAAUGACUGCUAUUUUUGUGACACUAACCUAUAACAAUUGCCAUUAAAGUGAAUAUCCCAAUAAAAUUAAUGA